AUGGAGGACGCGCACCGGGCCGCCCGCCUGGCCGCCUCCUGCCUCCGCACGCCGCUCGACCCGCGCACUCGGGCCCCCGCCGCGCUCUACGAGCGGGGCCCGCCGCCCGCCGCCGCGCAGGAUGGCUUUGACUUGGAUUCAAAUACCAACAGAGAGCAGGCCUCCCCUCCAAAGAGAGACUGUGACAAAUGGAUAGACUUUUCCAAAAUGUACAGUUCAAAUCAAGAGUAUUACUUGAAGCUGGAAGAGUUGAAGAAUGCCCACAUGGAGACCAUGGCAAAACUGGAAAGUAUGUAUCAGAACAAGCUGUAUUUAAAAGGAGUACAAGCCCUGGAUAAGAGAAAUGACACCUCUCCAAAGUGCUGUAGGCCAACUUGGGACAAGAGUUCAUAUCAGCCUCUUAACCUGCACAAAUCCUUUUCAGACUCAGACUUGAGCGAUCCCUCGGGCCCAAGCGUGUCGGACGCGUCUGAUGGAGAAUUAGUGUUUGAGGAGAACGGCAGCGAAGCUGGAUCAUCCUCAUUUGCUAAACAGCAGAUUGAAAAAAUGUGGGAUGGGUUCUGCCUGGAAGAUUACAUGUCCCGUGCCAAGCCCAGCCUGCCCAGCUCACCAGCCUGCAGGAAAGCGCACAAGAAAGAGAAAGGGAAAGCGUGGUCCCCCAGAGUCACCGUGCCCAAGCCCUUCCAGAUGACCAUCAGGGAAGCUCAGAAGAAAGAGCAGAACGUCAAAUCCAAGUCACAGAUUGAGCUGGAAAACCACCUGCUGAAGAAGCAGCUGGAGGAGGAGGCGGAGUGCCAGAAGAAGUUCCGAGCCAAGCCCGUGCCCGCCGCCGUGUUCCUGCCGCUGUACCAGGACAUCGUGCGGCGCCGCGAGGAGCGCAGGAGCUCGGUGAGGGAGAGGAGCAGGCUCCAGCUCCUGGCCACGCAAAAACCCUUCAAGUUCAUGGAGCGAGAGAGGCAAAGGUGUGAAGCCAGAAAAAUGCAGUUAAAAGACCUUUCCCCACCUGAAAAUAAAAUCAAAGUGUUCAGAGCAAAACCAGUCCCCAAAUGUGUUUAUAGUGCAGAUUUCCAUGACAAGGUGAAGGAGGAGGAGCUCUGCAGGGAAAUCAGGAUCAGGAUGAGAGCUGAGGAGCUGCUGCGAAAUUCAUCCGUACCCAACAGCAGACUGGCCUUAAAAGGGACCAACAAAAAGAAGAAGCACAGGAGCACUGAGCCAAAGCAAAUGGAGCACAAGGUCAGGAUCAAAUCGAGCGUUCCUGAUUUUGACCUCCUACAUGAGAAAUUCCAGAAACGCCUCCUGCGACAAAAAAAAGUGAAACCCCUCACUGUCUGUGAGCCUUUCGACCUUUGUACUUCAUACAUCCCCUCAAAAAAGGACAAGAUCUUGAAGGACAUGCAAGAGGAUGAGGAGAAACUGAAGGAAACUCGGUGGCCGUUUGCCUCUCCGAGACGGAAGCCUCAGUCAGGGGCAAAGCCUCAUCUGGAAGAGGGAAAAUCCAAACCUCCCAGAACCACAGAAUCCACCAGGCGACGGCUGCAAGCCCUGAGGAAUUCCCUUGAGGAAAAGAGAAAGCUGGAAGAACAACAAAAAAGGAACAGAAACAAGCAGAAACAAAGAACGAAAAAUUUCCAGAAAAUUGUGAUGGCUCGGGCUGAGGCCAAUGACCCACAUCAGAGCCUAGCUCAGAUGUCUAAACCCAGAUUAAAAACAUUCAGGAACAACGAGAGGCAGAGAAGGCAGGAAUACUUGCAGGAACUGCAAGAAAUGGAAGAAAGAGUGAAACAAAUGCCAUUGCUUUUUGAAAGAGUCACUCAGAAAAAUGCCAGAAUAGCUGCAGAAAAGUAUUAUUCAAACAGGCUGAGGGCACUGGGGAUCUGCCCAGAGUUUGUUUCAAAGAAAGGAGGAGCAGCCAAAUCCCUGCAUUUCUCCACUGCUGGGGAUUUCACCUCCACUGCUGGCAGAGCAAGAGUCACCAAGGUUAAAGUGAGAAAAAUUCAAUUCUUGGAGGAAGCAGCUGCUGACAGUCCCCAGUCUGAGCAGUCCUGGGAGGAAGAGGAGGAGGAGAAGGGAAAAGGUGUCAAAACCUCCACCCCCGAUGGGCAGUGCAGUGACCUGGAGGAUGGGGCCGGCCUUGGGCCUGGAUCCAGCCAGCACAGUGACCAGGGGGAGGAGGAGGAGGAGGAGGAAGGCAAGGCAGACCUGUCACUUGGCCAUUCCCAGGAGGAAGAGGAAGAGGAGGAAGAAGCCAAGGCAGGUCCAUCCCAUGGCCAUUCCCAUGAGGAAGAGGAAGAGGAGAAAGAAGCCAAGGCAGGCCCAUCUCUGGACCAUUCCCAGGAGGAGGAAGAGGAGGAAGAAGCAGAAGCAGGCCCAUCCCAUGGCCAUUCCCAGGAGGAGGAAGAGGAUGAGGAUGCCAAGGCAGGCCCAUCCCAUGGCCAUUCCCAGGAGGAGGAAGAGGAGGAUGAGGAUGAGUCCAGCCCCAGGUCUGAUGGCUCCCAUGAGGAGGGAGCUCAGUCUGACCGCGAAGCUGAGGGUGCUUUCCAGUAUGAGGAUGAGGAGUAUGAGAGUGCUGGCUCUGAGGAGAAGACCAGUGAUGAGGAAGGGCACUGAGGAGGGCUGGGGCUCAGGAGCCUCUCUCACUGCUGGCUGUGCUUUUUGAAGCACUUUCUGUUUUUACAAUAUUGCUUCCUCUGGAAACCAUCCCUCCUGCCCAUGGUUAUCACAGCACUAAGCAGGUCAUGCUCUCUUUUCCUUUCAGGAAGAAAUUAUUACAUCUUUACCUUCUACAGUUGCUCCAGAUGAAGAGAAUAACAAAAUAAUUCAAAUUCUUGAAGCAAAUGUUUAAAGCCACCCCUGGUUUGGAAUGAAUUCUGGUCUCAUGUAGAAUCCUCUGUGGCAGCAAGCAAAACAUUUCCCUGAGCUUGGCACAUAACAGGCACUCUAAAGAUCAAGAUAUAUUAUUAAAUAUUGUAUCAGACAGCAGAGGAAAACUUGGUGCUUUACUACACACCCAAAAUUCUGUGAAUUUGUACCUCUUAGUUUAGGAGCCCUGCCAGUGCAGGAAUUCUCUUUGUUUUCCAGUCAGAAAGCUCAAGUUGCUCUUUUUCACCAAGAAAAUAAUUUAUUUUGUAUUACUGUUCUUUGUUGCACUCUUCAGUGACAUUGGUGCACCUGUGUUCCCAAAGUCAGCUCAUUAUUUCAUGACAAAUUACACAAUAAUUUAAUAAUAAAUUUCAGAGUGCUGUGUAAGUGCUGAGGCAGGGCAGGUUUUGGAGCAGGAAUUGCCAUUUUACCCCUGCAAAAGGGGAAUAUUUUUACCUCAGGGAGCUCCAGUUGAAUGAAGCUGUGCAAGGGAGUGCUUUAAUAGCUCUUCUUACACACUGACUGCUCAGGACUUCAGCUACUCCACAAAAACUCCCCAAAAAUGUUUGGGAUUUGUUUCUUUUCUUGUAUCAGUACUCCCUUCCCCUACUAUUACUGACUUCCUUGCUAAAAAAAUCUGUCAUCCUUUUUUCCCCUUGUUUUGUUACACACUUUCUCUGUGUUUGGAAGUUUUUUAAGCAUUCUUACUCUUAUUUAUUUUUCAAGUGCGAACAUAACUAAUGUGAAUUUGAAGCUUUUUUUAAAACUUGAAUAAAGUAUCUGUGCAAUUAUUAA